AUGGUAGCAUCGGUUCUGCAUGAUGUCUAUCCAGGUCGGCUCGACACCCCAGUUGCUAAAAGUAACAUCAAUGUUGUUCAAGGGCGUAUUGGUAUGAAUGUAUCCUAUUCCACUGCCCUGAGGGGGAAGAAACUCGCAUUUAAUUAUGUACGAGGCAGUCCAGAAGAUAGCUAUGGUAUGUUGUAUCCUUAUUUGCACAUGUUGGAGAAGGUAAAUCUUGGAACGGUAACAAGUGUGGAAUUGACUGCAGAGAAGAAGUUCAAAUACUUAUUCAUUGCUUUAGGUGCUUGUGUUGAAGGUUUUAGAACAAUGAGGAAAGUGUUAGUAAUGGACGCAACUUUUCUCUCGGGUUCCUAUGGUGGUAUGUUAGUGUUUGCGACAGCUCAAGACCCUAAUCGGCACAAUUACCCGGUCGCGUUUGAUGUGAUUGAUGGCGAGAAUAAUCAUAGCUGGCGGUGGUUUUUCGAAAAGUUAAAAACUGUAGUUCCAGAUGAUCAUGAGUUAGUCUUUAUGAGUGAUAGACAUCAAAGCAUCAUCAAGGCAGUCUCCGAGGUGUAUCCGAGUGCUCAUCAUGAAUAUUGUAUUUGGCAUAUUUCACAGAAUGUGAGAGAUAGAGUUAGUAAUGUCAAUAAAGACUUUGUUGCACAGAAAUUCCGGGAUUGCACACAUAUCUAUACUCAAUCUGAGUUCAUUAGAGAGUAUGGUGAUUUUAGAGUUAGGUUUCCUAAAGCCGUUGAGUAUCUUGAUAAUAGUGUGACGCUGGAAAAAUGGGCUAGGUGCUGCUUCUUCGGAGAUAAGUACAACAUAGAGACCAGUAACUCGGCAGAGUCUAUGAAUAGUUGUUUAGUGACUGCGAGGAAGUACGCCUUAUUGCAUAUGAUCGAUGCGAUUGUAGCCAAAGUUUCUGAAUGGUUUAACAUAUACAGGAAGGAUUCAGCUGGUCCUUUUUAUAAUAAGAGAGUGUUGCCUGUUGUGGAGAAUGAAAUACACAGUCGAUGUGCAAUCACGUCUCUUUUAGUGGUGACGGAACUAAACAGCUACGAGCUUGAAUACAGCGUUAAUGGACUGGACGGGAAAACUUACGUGGUGAACUUGAUAGCGAAAAGCUGUUGCUGUAGGCGGUUUGAUAUAGAUAAGUUCCCGUGUGAACAUGCAAUAGCCGCAGCGAAGAAACUGAUGAGCACGGAAGAUAGAUCAGCGAGUAUCGGAGUAUAUGACUUGUGCUAA